AAGAAAACAGCCGCGAAGAAGAAGACGACCAUAAUAAAGUAUCUUCCUCGUGAACUAGCUGGUUGUUUAUUAGUUUUCGCUCUGUGGAUAACUUAAUAACACAUUUAUAAGAGUCAUGGAUCCUGUAAAAACCUCGCAUGGUAGUGAUGAUUCUGAUACUGUACAUGUCACCUCCUGGGUGUCAGUGUGUCCCAGAGGGCCCUGGAAGGUCCAGAAGAAGCCAACAAAGAAGAACAGACAGCAGAUGUGCUCUUCUUUAUGUGAUACAUCAUGCCCAUCGCAUCCCUGUCCGAGGCUGGGUUCACUAUGUCAAGUCCGAGUGCAGCUCAAAGCAGCCACAGAUAAAGAACAGUCAUCAGUAUCUGGUAAAGGAAAUGAGCAGCCGUCAGACAAACCUGCCCAAUCAACCCCUGAGAUUAGAGAUGACAUGGCCACACCAUUCCCACGGUGUCGGGACUCUGUGCUGCAGGUUCCACUGGGUGACUGGACAAUACUGAGACUAGGAGAGGGUCAGUGUGAUGUCACAGAGGCCUGUCUGGAGGGGAUGAAAGCUGGAGAGAAAUGUGAGAUACAUCUUUCUCCAGUGGAAAAUGGUUCAAAUGUCUCUUCAGGUGAGACUGCAGAUGCAAACCUGUCUUUAUGUGCCACAGUGGAACUCCAAACAUUUACACCAGGCAAGGAGUCCUGGGAAAUGUCUCCUGCAGAGAAACUGGAGUGGGUGAAAUCUCACAAGGAGAAGGGUGGUGAGAGAUUCAGGAGUGGAGAUGUGUGGGGAGCUGCAGACAGCUACAGCCGGGCUCUCAAACUCCUCAUCACUCUUGAUGGUCAUGUCAGGGAAUUGGACAAAAAAGGGCAAGUGCAAGAAGAGGACGAGCAAAGAGACACAAAUCCCUGUGAGACAACAGAACAGCAGGCCACAGACUGUCCAGUUCUCUCUGCUAGUAAGUACAAAACCAUCAAAGCUGAGCUCCAUUCAAACCUUUCGUUGUGCCAACUCAAACUAAACCAACCACAGUGUGCCAGGGCCAGCGCUGCUAAGGCCACACAGUUGGAGCCUGGGGGGGCUAAAGCCUGGUACCGGCUGGGACAAGCAUGCCAGAUGAUGAAUGACCUGGAGGAAGCUAGGAAGGCCUUUAGGAAACUUCUGGAGCUACAACCAGAUUCAUCUGCUGCUCUGAAGGCUCUAAAAGAUGUGGCGAAUAAGGAGAAGGAGACAAAUGCAGAACUGGGACUGAGACUCAGCAAAAUGUUCAGCUGAGGACAGAAUUUUGAACAAAAAAUUAAUGUCACACACUGACCUCAAAACACAAAUGUUAAUGUGAUUUAUUUAUUUUUUUGGUUUGCUCUUACACCAAUGUGCAUUAAACUACUCUUUUUUUUUUUUUUUUUUUUUUUUUUUACUGAAGACUACAUCAACCAUUCAUCCAUCAUUUUAUGAACUGCCGAGUCCUUGUGAGUGCCUGAGCCUAUCCCAGCUACCAAUGAGCAAAGGUGGGGCAAAGGGCUACGACGUCAACCAGUAUAAAAAUAUACAUAUAUAGGAAGUGCUCCUGGUCUCACAAAAGGCAUUGAGAUGAAGCUGCAUGUUUCUUUUAUUACAUGAUGAUUUUGGUGUAAAUUUCCUGAACAUAAAUAUAUUGAAAAGAUUAAAUCUAUGUGUAAACUC